GGGGGGUUUGGUUUCGGUGUCCACGCCACACCCAGCUGACCGGAUCCCAGAGCCCGGGCAGGCCGGGGGGCGAGCGGCUUGUGUAACGGCGGCCUCAGAGGCAGCGGCACCGACACGACCCAGCUGAAAUGUCCCGGACCCGGAGGAGGCGGCGCAUACAGCGGCCUGCCAGCCGGAACAGAACCGACAAGUAGCUGGAGACAUUCUCAGCUCAGCUACAUGUUUAUGUUAUCCAGCGGUCAGUUGGAGGAAUGAGAGGCGAAUGUUGGGGGCUGAAAAUGGGACUGAUCCUGAACGCCGUCGGCUCCGUCACCCCCACGGAGUCCGCAGCGGAGAAGAGCUUACUCCGCUGUGAAGGCGUCAACAACCAGAGCUACUUCUGCGAGUACGGCCACUGCUGUGGAGAGUCUCAGUGCUGCAGUUAUUACUAUGAGCUCUGGUGGUUUUGGCUUGUGUGGGCACUCAUCUUCAUUUUGUGUUGCUGCUGCAUCUGUCACCAUCGCCGCACCAAACACCGGCUGCAGCAGCAACAACGGCAGCACGAGAUCAACCUCAUAGCUUACCGGGAAGCACACAACUUUCCAUCUGUGCCCUUUUACUUCAGGUUUCUGCCAAACUACCUCCUCCCUGAUUAUGAAGAGGUGGUCAAUCGGCCUCCGACCCCUCCCCCUCCCUACUCUGCCUUAAACACAAACCCAUCGUCAGCGGCUUCUGUUCCUGUGGCUCCUGAGCAGCAGGAGGGACAAUGUCCGGUCGUCCAGUCCUCCUCCGUCCCUCCAGUCUCUGAAGGGCUGUGUUGCAGACCCGGCGCAGAGGAGCCCCAGCCUCCUACAUUUGACUUUAGACCGAAGCCUGACGAUAAACCCAUACAGACGGCACAAGAUUCAGGCAUGAUCCUGCUGCCGGAUGGACUUAGUGUGGAGGAGCUCACCAGCCAGGACAGAAAAGGUGUGGACGACUCCUGCAAGGACCCUUUUCUGAAGGAUUUUAGCACUUUGGAAAGUUGUAAUGAAGAUAAAAAGCUCCUCCCCAAUGGACGAAGGAGACGUUUCACUGGGGAUUCUGGGAUUGAGGUGUGCGUGUGCGGCACACCUGGAAACAACGUUUGUAAUGGAGCUGGAGGGACAGACCAGGACAGCAAGGAGCUGGAGAGCCUGCUGGGGCACAAUGUGGACGAUGAGGAGGAGGAAGAGGAGGCAGACUUCUGUGACAGUUGUGGCCACCAGGCCUCCUUUAGCGUGGAGGAGGAGGGGAGCGCUGGGCAUGAGCCGAUGGGGAGUCCGCAGGCCCCUCAGAGCGUCAGCCCACCCGUUUGCCUUCUCCUCCACACCAUCAGCGAGCAGGACGGAGCGGCCCCCAGCACCGAGCCGCAGGGCUGAAACGCCCGUGUCGCAGAAAGAAGGCACCAACAUGGCCGCUUUUGUAGCAGACGGUGUUUUAAAUGCUUUCAGAAUGUAUUUUUGAAUGUGCACACUUUAGAACUACCAGAUGUGGGAGCUGCAAGUGGAAUCCCAGCAAAAAAAACCAACAACAAAGUCUCCAAAGGUUGAGAAAAUUCACUCCUCCCCACACCGAAGCAGUGGCCUUAACCUGUGUGUGUUGGGUUAUUUAUGGGCAGUAGAAAGCCCUGUGACGGCUUAUGGCAAGGAAAACCCCUCAUGCUGCACACAUUUGCAGUUCUUCAGUAGUUUCUCAAGCAAAACAAGCUACUGAUCCAGUCAAGAUGAUCAUGAGUGACGCUGAUGAGAGCCGUUCCACUCGGCUGUGAACUACAUAGUAGAGAAACACUCAGCAGGAAUGUUCAGGAUGUGUGCGAUGUGGAAAUUUGUUCGUACAAACAUGAACUGUGAAAGGCGAUCAGAAGCACACUUAGGGUGUCGCGUUAGACUCGUGCUUUUUCAGCAGUCACAAAUUGUUCAAUACGGUGGCCCUGAAGUUUGAACCACAACUACAAUUUGAAAAAACGCAAUUACAUUUGAAGAAAUACAAUUACACUAAGCGAAACAGGAAGAGGUGGAAAACAUGAGACAUCAGUGAUUGGACGA